AAAGAAAAAAUUAUAUUAAAUAAACAAAAAUUUCGUGAAUUUGGUCAAAGUUCAACAUUCAUCCAAUCCGAACCAGGUAGGUUUAUUAAACUGGGAACGCUCACGACUCAUCGCAGUUAAGUUAAGUUGUUGUCCAUUCCAAAUCCGCCAUAAAUAAGCCUCCAUCUCAGAUCCAAUUCAAUCUAUUCUUCAAAUCCCUUAACAAUAAAAAAAAUGGCGGAACACCUAGCCUCAAUAUUCGGCACAGAGAAAGACAGAGUUAACUGUCCAUUCUACUUCAAGAUCGGCGCGUGUAGACACGGCGACCGUUGUUCGCGUCUCCACAACCGUCCAACCAUUUCGCCAACUCUUCUUCUCUCCAACAUGUACCAACGUCCCGAUAUCAUCACUCCCGGUGUCGAUCCCAACGGUCAACCUAUCGAUCCGCGUCAGAUCCAGCAACACUUCGAAGAUUUCUACGAAGAUAUCUUUCUAGAGCUUUCUAAAUUCGGGUACAUCGAAACCCUAAACGUUUGUGAUAAUCUCGCCGAUCAUAUGAUCGGUAAUGUUUACGUUCUGUUUCGUGAGGAGGAUCAUGCCGCGGCUGCGCUUGCUUCGUUGCACGGUAGAUUUUACUCUGGUCGUCCUAUUCUUGCUGAUUUUUCUCCGGUGACAGAUUUUCGUGAGGCUACUUGUCGGCAGUAUGAGGAGAAUAGUUGUAACCGUGGUGGUUAUUGUAAUUUCAUGCAUGUGAAGAAAAUUGGAAGGGAACUGAGGAGAAAACUGUUUUCUUCUCAAAGGAGCCGAAGCAGGAGUCGGAGUAAUAGUCCUCGCCGGAGAAGGAGAAGCAGAGAUCGAGAGAGGCCACGUGAUAGAGAUAGAGAUUAUGAUUCCCGUGGUGGAAGAAGUAGUGAUAGGGAUAGAAAUAGGGAUAGGGAUGGGGAUAGGGAUAGGGAUAGGGAGAGGAAUAGAGAUAGUAGGGAGGAAGGGGGAAGGCGAAGAAAUGGUAGUUCGGCGAGGGAAGGGAGCGAGGAAAGGCGAGCGAGGAUCGAGCAAUGGAACAGGGAAAGAGAAGAGAAGCCUUGAUGUUUUUGCUGAUUAUUAUUUUAAUUUUCUGUUUUGACAUAGGUUAAGGUUGUGUUUUGUGCUGUAUGGUGAAAUUCAACUGACGGUGAGGUUUAUCGAAGAAUUGGUGAAGAGAAGGGAAUGGUAAGGCUAGGUGCUAGGGGAUUGGUUGUGCAGCUGAUGUUCAUCGGAUGUAGAAAUUGCAAUUCAUAUUUUAAAGAUUAUUGAGGUUGUUUCAAUUGUUUACUAUAAAACUGCAUGUCUCUAAGAUAAGUUAUUAUUAUUGAGGCUUUAAAUUGUCGCCGCCUCGCGGCUGUGCGUAUUGCUGAGAAUCGAUGUCUAAUAGGGCGGAUGUGGUUUCAGUCACAGUUGCAAUAUGGUAGCAGAGGUAGCAAAACCUUAUGUUCUGGCCCAAAUUGCAAAUGUAGACCAUUUUAAAAACUCUGCUAGUCUGAUUCUGGGCAUAUCCACCUGUGGAUUUUAUAACAUGCAUUCUUCGACAUUUUUACAGCAUUAUAGGUAUAUGCUGUUUAAAGAAAUGUUUUUGAUGA